AUGCCUACUCACGUCCACGACAUCGCGUCGCAAGACGUCCACAAGCAGAUCCGCCAGCUCAUCCACGAACUCGUAAACAUCACAGACACCACUGGUGAAUUCCUCAUGACCCUCGCAGAUGGCCAGGUCAUCGACACGAAAGGCUGGAAUGACUGGGAGUGGACUCACGGCAUUGGCCUCUACGGCAUCUGGAAGUACUACGAGAUGACCGGUGAGGAUGAGUGGCUCAAGAUCAUCGAGGACUGGUUCCAGGCUCGCUUCAAGGAGGGUCACAAGGGGAAGAACAUCAACACCAUGGCCGUCUUCCUCACCCUCGCUUUCGUCUACGAAAAGACUCGCAAUCCCGCUUAUCUCCCCUGGCUGGAUGCCUGGGCCGAGUGGGCGAUGCACGACCUUCCCCGCACCAAGUACGGCGGCUUUCAGCAUAUCACUUACCUCGAGGUCAACGAGCAGCAGCUCUGGGACGAUACCCUCAUGAUGACUGUCAUGCCGCUCGCCAAGAUCGGCCUUGUGCUCAACAGGCCGCACUACGUCGCCGAGGCUAAGAAGCAGUUCCUCCUACACGUCCAGUAUCUCUUCGAUACCAAAACGGGCCUGUUCUUCCACGGCUGGACUUUCAAGGAAGGCGGUCACAACUUCGCCGAUGCGCGAUGGGCCCGCGGUAACAGCUGGGUCACCAUCGUGAUCCCCGAGUUCCUCGAGCUCAUCGGUAUCAAGGAAGACGACCCCAUUGGAUCACACCUCAUCCACACUCUCGACAGCCAGUGCGAAGCCCUCGCCAAGGUGCAGUGCGAGAACGGUCUAUGGCGCACCCUUCUCGACGUCCCAGAGGAAGAGGGUUCAUACGUCGAGGCCAGCGCAACAGCUGGUUUCGCGUACGGCAUUCUCAAGGCAGAGCGCAAGAGAUAUAUCGGCAAGCAGUACUCCGAGGUAGCCGUCAAGGCCAUCAAGGCUGUGUUGGAGAACAUUAGUCCAGAGGGUGAGCUGCUAAAUACGUCGUUUGGAACGGGUAUGGGUCAUGAUCUGAAGCAUUAUAAGGAUAUUCCCCGGACGAGUAUGCCGUAUGGUCAGGCUAUGGCUAUGAUGGCGCUGGUAGAGUUUUUGAGGGCGUAUAAUUAG